AUGAAGUGUCUUAGCCGUGCCGCCUACUACUCCUUCGACGGCGUAGGCUUUCCGACAUGCUACAAUGUCACGGUGGUUCAUAAUGCUACAAGUGUGGAUGAGGUGGCCUCCAUCGUCCAGGCAGCAGCGGCGAAUGGUACCAACAUCCGCGCCACUGGUAAGGGCCACAUGUGGUAUGAUACGAUGUGUGCCGACGUGCCUACCGAGAUCAUCCGGACAGAGCUCGUAAACAACAUCACGGACUUCAACCUGACCGACGGUGCCGAGUCUGGCACGGUGGUUGUGGAGGGUGGCGUGACCUUCUUCCAGCUCGCAGACUACCUUCACGAGAGAGGUGCCAACAUCGGCACCGGCCUCGUCAACUGGAACAUUAGUCUCGGCGGCAGCGUGGCGAUGGGUGCUCACCGGACCUCGCUGGGUUCGGACGCCGUGGUAGUGGGUGGCGUGCUUGAGAUGGACAUCAUUGACGGCUCGGGGAACAUUCGCACCGUGGUCAAAGAUGAGAGCAGCGAUGAGUGGCUUGCCGCAUCAACCUCUCUUGGGCUGUUGGGUAUCAUCGCGAGGCUGAAGAUGAAGAUCUACCCCGAGACCGUACUAUAUGCGAAUCAGGUGACGCUUGAGGAAGAUGACGUCUUAAACGGCGAUAUUUAUGGCAUGAUCUCUCCGUACAUAACCGCCAACUUUUGGUGGUGGCCCUUCAAACGCAAGUUCCACUACCGCACCUACGGCGAAGUGGCCGAGGGCACGGUCAACCAGCUGGGCGUGCAAUCGACCUUCUCCAUCACGCACGCCGAAGCCGACACGGCGCUGGCCCUCCUCGACUCUGGGAAGUACCUCGAGACAUCCAACUGGGUGGCCGAGGACAUCUUCUUCGACAUCUGGUCUAGCCCAAACUUCCACACCUCCGAUACUGACGAGACGCUCACCGAAUGGCCCGUCACGGGAUACAACUACGACGUGCUGAUUGGCGGGCUGUGGCCGGGUCAGCAGACGGAAUGGGAGGACGACUUGCACGGGUACACCAUGGAGCUGGCGUUCCCCGUCACCAUGGCCAACGACAUGCUGAAGAGGGUACGCGAGCUGUUUGACGCGCAGUACACCGAACACCUGAUCAACAUGACCUCGACGUACAGGAGCGGCAUCAAUAUCAAAUUCGGACGUCCCAACUACGACUUUCUGGGCCAAGUCACCUACAAUACCUCCGACGGCGCGGACUGGAGCAAUGGCACAAUCAUGUUCGACUUCCCCACCUUCUGGCCCACCGUAGGGGAUCACUUGCGGUUCAACGAGCCCUUCUACGCCAACCUGUCAACGACUCUUAUCAAUGAGUUUCCAUGCAGGCCUCACUGGACCAAGAAUACCCGAGACAUCUUUACCCAGGCCUUGAAGAACAUAGAUCAAGACAACAUUGCUCGGUUCAAGGCGGUUAGGGAAGACUUCGAUCCCAACGGGAUCUACAGGAGCGUCGUCGGGGAGAUCAUCGGGGUGUAUUAAAUCGACACGCUUGCAAGCUAUGCUUCUAAUUAUAUACAACACUUGAAGUAAAUCAAUUGGCUAGCU